AUAUAUAAAUUGCAGUGUAUUACAAUAAACGAUCACAGUUAGUAUAGAUUUUGGAAAAAGAUGUUGAUAAAAUUGUUUAUAGUUUUGGGCCUUGCUGCCCUAAUAAGAUCAGCAUGUAUAAUGCGAAGGACAGUUGAUAUGGCUGAAAAAGACGUUGUUGUAGUCUGCGCAUUUAUUAAGGAUCUUAAAGUUGAAAUGUCCAAAGUACCAGACGAUGUGAAUGUUGUUGCUGUGGUUAUAUUAGAGAGUAAUAUACCCAAAGUUGAAGUUGGUGUUUUUGAAAGAUUUGGCUCAACAAUGGAACGAUUGGAAAUUAAUCAUUCAGGAGUUGAAGACGUUGAAGAUCAUGCAUUCAAGGGAUUGACAAAAUUAAAAAAAUUGUCAAUGGUAAUGAAUAAGCUACAGGAAAUAAGAUCCGGUUGGAUGAAUGAUAUGACAGCGUUGACUGACGUUAAUUUUAAUUCAAAUAGAUUGUCAAAAGUUGAUAAAGAUGUUGAUGUAUCGAGAGUGGUGAAUGUUGAUAUUGGUGAUAAUCAUUUUAAAUGUAUGAUCGUCGAAAUGAUGGAUAUGAUGAAAAAUAUCAAAACAAUGAAGGUUGUAAUGAAUCCAUUGUCUUGGAAAUGUAUGGUUGAAAUGGAGGAUUGGAUGAAGAAUCAUCCGAAUGUUGUCGGUGAUUUUGCAGGAAAGGAUCUUGGUUUGGAGCAUAUGUUCGAAGUUGUAAGAGAAUGUAUGAAAUCAGUACCUGAUGUCACAGUUGAUGAGGCAGUUGACGCUUGCGUAGAAUCUAAAAUGAAUGUUGUUCGAUAAAUAAUAAAUGUUAAAAUUCUCUCUUAUUUUCAAUAAAUAAUAUUUUCUAUUUGUUAAAAUUUUGGCGAAACAUUCUUUUUUUUUUUAGAAUUUAAACUUUAAUUUUUGAAACAAAAUUAUUUACUUUAAUUCCUUUUUAAUGCUUUAUAUUGUUGUAUAAUAAUUUUUGUGUAAUUUUUAUCAAUGUAAAUAAAAAUGUUAUUUGAAAA